AUGAGUGCCAUAGCGCAGCAAAAGUGUCAAGUUAAGGAGAGUUUAUUUCAGUUUAUUAAGAAACACAUCCCUUCUGCGGAUGUCUCUUUAAUCGACGACAUAGUACUCUCAUAUGUGAUUUCUAUCCUCGAAGAAGCCUCCCAGGAUCCUUGCUUUGAUGUAGAAGGUUUCAUAGAAAUGAUGGCGGCAUACAUACCGAAGUUUGCGAGUAUCGAUCCUGGGCUAGUCUGCUCCUGGGUUUUGGAGUUGGAAGCAGAGUUGUCUCGACAGGACGAGUCCGAUACGAUGUCUAAUCAUGAUGAUUCUGCAGGAAGUGACAAAAUUAGCAUCACUCUUCAGAGCCUGAGUGAAAUGUUGCCAUCCAUCACUAAGGCCAAUCGUUCUCACUCCAACUCGGAGAGUUCGGAGAGUGCUACGGAACGCGAGCGUCGCUGUUUCUUCGACGGAGAAGAGUACGCGGAGCAGUGUCGCGCGCUGCACGAGAUGUUCCCAAACACUUGUGCUAUGGAGAUAAAGCACUGCGUGUCGAUCGCGUGCGGCGACGCGGAGCGCGCGGCCGCCACGCUGCUGCACCGGCGCGAGCACGGCCAGGCGCUGGCGCCCGCCGCGCUGCACGCCGCCGCGCGCGCGCCGCCCUGCGACGACCGCGAGCUCAAGACGCGCAUCAUCGCCAGAUAUUCCUACGUUGAUAAGAAUUCGGACACGAAGGAGCAUAAGCCUUUGGCACCGAAAAUCGAACCCAAGAAAAUGGUACGCUAUAGAGAUAACAAGAUUGUUUCUCUUAAGGGCGAGCGGUAUACUGAGGUGCCGAAGUCCGGUAUCGACGAGGAGCAUUUAAAAAAGCCAAAAAAACAGCAUUGCCCU